AUGAAUCACAUGUUCAAUGACCUGAGUGCCAAAUAUGAUAAUGUCUCGAGCCAUAUGAGGCAAAUGGAUAUUCAGAUUGCUCAGAAUGCUGAGAGUGUGAAAAGACAGCAAGUCGCGCUUAGGAGUGGGAAGCAGUUAACUGAUCUGGCACCCAAGAGAUUCACAACAGCUGAAAAAGGGAAGCAGAAAGAGUCAGAACAACCACCAGUAACCGCACUAACAGACGAGGAAGAAGCAGGGCUUCCUGCUAAACAUACUCCGACCACUACAGAGCAGCCUACUGUGGUUGUUCGCCCAGCUGCAGAACCUGUACCCACCCGUGACUAUGUGCCUAAGGUUCUGUACCCUGUUCCUGCUAAGGCCACACGCAAGGACAAGGAGGAGAUGAAAUGUAGGAAGAUGCUGGAAGACAUAACAGUCAGACUCCCUCUCAUGAGUGCAAUCCAGAUGAUGCCAUCCAUGAGUAGCUUUGUGAAAGGACUUAUUUCUGGAAAGAUAACCGAUGACAGUGAGUUCAUGGUGGUCUCAAAAGAGUGCAGCGCUGUUCUCCAGAACAAAAGGAUCAAGAAACUGGGUGACCCUGGAAAAUUUGUCCUAUCCAUCCAAAUAGGGAGAACAGUCUUCUCAUGUUCGCUAGUCGAUCUGGGAUCAAGCAUCAACCUCAUGCCGUACUCUGUGGCUAAGCGCCUUGGAUUAACGGAUUUCAAACCUACCAGGAUGUCCCUAGUGUUUGCUGAUCGAUCAGUGAAAUCUCCGGUCGGAAUUAUCGAGGAUAUCCAAGUUCUUGUUGGGAACACGCUUGUCCCUGCCGAUUUCGUUGUUCAGGAACUCGAGGAAGAGUCAAAGGAUCCUCUGAUCCUAGGCAGACCAUUCCUAUGCACUGUCGGAGCUAUCAUAGAUGUGCGACAAGGAAAAAUCGACCUCCACCUAGGAGACAUUGUGAUGAGGUUCGAGAUGAAUCAGAUGCUCAAGAAACCUAUGCUGGAUGGACAAACCUUCACUGUCCAAGAGGAGGGCGAUCCGCUGGAACCAAGUGAUCAGAUGAUUGAGGAGAUCCUUACAGAUGAUCCGCUGGAACUAGCCUUGACUAGAGCUGAAGCAGAACAGAAUGUCCAGAACAUCGACGCUGAUGGGUACGCUAAGAUGUUGGACUCCGCCAGAACCAUGGAAAGAUUAGUGGCAUAUCUCAGUCUGGGGGAGAACAAUGCUUCAGACUCAUCGAGCUCGCCUAUUCCACCAAAUCGGAACAAUGACCCAUGGACUGAAUCCGAAGCUCCAAAAGUCGAGCUCAAAACACUCCCUAAGGGGCUCAGGUACGCUUUUCUUGGACCAAAUUCUACAUACCCAGUAAUCGUGAAUGCUGACCUGAACAAUGCUGAAACUGCUCUUCUCCUAUGCGAACUUAGGAAAUAUCGAAAGGCAUUAGGAUAUUCUCUAGCUGAUAUACCUGGCAUUUCACCUGAUCUGGUUCUGAAGCGAUGCGAGGAGAAGCAUCUCGUGCUUAAUUGGGAAAAAUGCCAUUUCAUGGUCAGAGAUGAGAUUGUUCUAGGACAUAAGAUUUCAGAAAAGGGCAUCGAAGUGGACAAGGCAAAGAUCGAUAUCAUGAUGAGUCUGCAGCCACCAACUUCAGGAGCUCUAGUCAGUGCACCGGUUGUCCAACCCCCAGACUGGGACCUCCCUUUCGAGAUCAUGACGGACGCGAGUGACUUUGCAGUAGGAGCAGUGCUUGGCCAGCGGAAGGAUAAUAAGCUCCAUGUGAUUUACUACGCGAGUAAGACACUGGAUGAAGCUCAAUGUAGGUAUGCUACCACAGAGAAGGAACUCCUGGCCAUCGUCUAUGCUUUUGAGAAGUUCCGAUCAUAUCUAGUUGGGUCUAAGGUGAUAGUCCACACGGAUCAUGCAGCCCUCAAGUACCUGCUCACGAAAAAAGAUGCCAAACCGCGGCUCCUGAGAUGGAUUCUCCUCCUUCAAGAAUUUGACCUGGAAAUAAAAGACAAGAAGGGGGUAGAAAAUUGA